AUGAAUAUUCUCUCACUCAUCCUUUUCUUCACAUACCUGACACUGGUAGCAAGCAUGGAAACAUGUUUGGACAGUGUGUGCCAAAUAAAGGAGCCAAUAAUCCGAUUCCCGUUCCAGAUAGAGGGAAAACAGGAAAAGACAUGUGGUUAUCCAGGGUUCAAAGUAUCCUGCAGUGAAAAGGGCCAAACACUGCUCAAACUACCUAAUUCAAGAGAACUCAGCAUACAAAGAAUAAACUAUGCAGCACAACAACUAUGGGUAAAUGACCCCAACAACUGCAUCCCAAAACGACUUCUUUCACUCAACCUCUCAGGGUCUCCAUUCGAUGCCGUUUACUACCAAGAAUUCACCUUCUUUAACUGCUCCUUGAAUUUGGAGUACCUCAUGUAUCGUUACAAACCAAUAGCUUGUCUCAGCGACGCUUCUAAGUACGCCGUUUUUGCAACACCUUCCCAGAGUGUGUUUGCUCACUUGUCAUCUAUUUGUGACUUGGUUGACACGGUUAAGGUUCCUGUUCAGUCGCCGCUUUCCGAGCAUGUACUGUCGUCUGACCUCGCCGACGACCUCCGCCUCUCGUGGGAUUCGCCGCCGUGCGGAAGGUGUGAGUCCCACGGUGACCGCUGUGGCUUCGAGAACAACAACACUUUUGAACUCCACUGUUCAAAAGUCCCAUCAAAAGGGUUUUCCCGUUCUGCAAGUUACGCCUUAGCCAUUUGCAUAGGGACACCAGUGUUUUUGUGCUUCAUUGCAGUAGUGAGUUGCAUAUGCAGCAGGUACGGAAUUGGGACCCACGGUUGGGCUUCGGCUAACGGGAGUGUGCCAGAUUUUGAGCCUCUUAUUGGCCCAGAGCGCACCAACAUUUCGGGCCUUGAUGGGCCCACGAUUGAAUCCUACCCAAAAAUAGUUAUAGGUGAGAGCAGAUGCUUACCCAAGCCCGAUGACAAGACCUGCCCAAUAUGCCUAUCAGAGUAUAUACCCAAAGAGACUGUGAAAACCAUACCCGAAUGUGGACAUUGCUUUCAUUCACAAUGCAUCGAUGAAUGGCUUCCGCUGAAUGCGUCGUGCCCAAUUUGCCGAACUUCUCCUCCCAAGUUACCAUAAUCUAUGUUGCACUGAAA